UAGAAAUUAAAUAAUGGACAACAAUUUCAUCAUGUGCUCGUGUUGGGUGAGAGAGAUGGGAGAGAGAGAGACACAUAUAGAGGUAUAAAAAACAGUAGUGCAAAAAUUAAUUUGAGAAAAUGUGUUACCAGCGGUCGUGGUUCAUCUCUUUCUCUCCGUGCUUUUCCCCAUCUCUCACGACAAGUGCGAAACGAAAGUAAGAGAGAGAUCGCGAACAGUUGUCGCUCGAUAUCGGUCUCCUUCAUGCAGAUGUUCCAAUUAGCAAUCGCAAAAGCCGUUCUAUCCCCAACACUAAGUGUCUUACCAAAACGCUGGACUGAUUUAGAGGGACAUAAGGCCGAUCUUCGUUUCUGCAGUGCAGCAGCAUGAUUCUGUUGGAUAAACAGCUUACAAAAUGGUCACAUCAAUAUGGCGGCCUUCGAUCGGAUGGCGGCCAUUGUCGGCACAUGCAGGCGAUGAAAGCGGCCCUGGCGCCAUCCAAGGGGAGGACGAGUACUUUGGCCGGCAUAUGCAGCAAACUACAAAACUCGGCGAAGAGGAAGAGCCCUCCCUACCAAACCAAUUUUAUCACAAAGGCGGAGUACAGAAUUAUAACCGGAAAACUUGGAGCUCAUGGUCGUGACGCAACGGCAUUCGUCAAUCGUUUAAACUUCUCUGAUAAUCGCUCAGAAAUCAAUGGAACUCUAAUUUAUUCCCGAAAUUUGCCAGAAGAAGUCCCUUCUACAAGCAAGUAAGCGAUAUGAAAUUACCAAUGGUGUGCGUUGGGUGGGCCAAUAAGUGGGGCAAGCGGAGAGUGACACUUUCCAGCACGCAAAUCACAGACAUUAGCCGUCACCUGGGGGAAAACGAGAAUCUCGGCUCAUCAUUGCACCCGUGUGGCCAGGGUUCGCCCUUCUGGGGCAGACAAUGGGGACACAGCCAGAAGCCAACAGAUUUUCUGCAAAU